AUGGAGAGUAGACGUUCCUCUUCCAGCAAUUCACCACCUGGCAGUGAAGCCCAGAUACGCUUAUGUCCGGAGAAGCUUGAUGAGAGGCCCGCCGAGGAGCGGAAGUUACCACCUGUUGAUGGAGGGUUUCAUGCGUGGAUGUUCCUAGGAGCAUGUGUGAUGCUAGAGGCAUUGAUAUGGGGGUUCGCAUUUACGUUCGGAGUCUUUCAAAAAUAUUACCAUGCUUACGAAUCGUUCCAAGAGUCGAGCAUGAUCGCCGUUAUUGGUACAUGUGCUACGGGCAUUUCUUAUCUGAGCUGUCCACUUGUUAUUGCAGCUAUGAUCCUGGUUCCCCAGAUGGGCCGUUGGUUCUCAACCAUAGGAUUGAUCUUGAUGUGUCUUUCCCUUGCACUGGCCUCGUUUUCCCAAAAUGUCACUCACCUCAUCCUCUCGCAAGGAGUGGGAUUCGGAGUCGGCGGCUGUAUAGCAUACAGUCCGUCAAUCAUGUACAUGGAUCAAUGGUUCGUGAACCGGAAGGGACUCGCGUUCGGUAUCACCUGGGCUGGCUCGGGGGUUUCUGGUCUAAUCUUCCCGAUCGGAUUGGAGAAGUUACUAUCGACUUACGGAUUUGAAACGACUCUCCGGAUCAUUUCAGUGAUUAUGUUCGUGCUCGCGGCACCCUUCUUAUACUUCCAUCGGCCCCGUUUGCCGAUUUCCAAAUCCGUUGCCUAUACUCGGUUCAACUUCCGGUUCUCAUACAACAAGGUGUUCAUUAUCUACCAGCUCAGCAACAUCAUGGAAGCAAUUGGUUUCUUUCUACCCGGAAUCUAUCUGCCAUCCCACGCCCGCAGUAUUGGUGCUUCCGACUUCGUCAGUUCGCUGACGGUGACCCUUCUGAACCUGGCAUCAGUCUUUGGAAGCGUGACUAUGGGUCAUUUGGCAGACCGAUAUCAUGCAAUCACCUGCAUCACAAUAUCGACCGUUGGGAGCACUCUAUCCCUCUUCUUUCUGUGGGGUUUUGCUACGACUAUGCCAACGUUGCUGGUAUUCUCUGUCGCAUACGGCUUGUUUGCCGGGUGUUACUCAGCCACGUGGGCGGGAAUAACACGGGAGGUUGCACGAGCUGUUCCAAGUGCAGAUUCCACUAUGAUCUUUGCACUUAUCGCUUUCGGUCGAGGUAUUGGCAACGUUGUCAGUGGUCCGUUCAGCGAGGCUUUGCUGAGCGCCGACCACUGGAAGGAUCAUGCGAUCGGUGCCUAUGGUAGUGGGUAUGGUCUUAUCAUUAUGUGUGGUGGAAUCAGUGCGUUUAUGAGUGGGCUGUGCAUAUUUGCCCAUCAUUUCAAGUUUAUAUAA